AUGGAAAAUGUCGAAGGUUUGGUCGAGCCUUUAAGAAUUAUUGAUGCUGAAAUCAACAAGGAAAAUCCCUCUGCACAUUCAUGCCUGGAAGAUCAUUUCAAGAAACAAUUCUUUGCAAAAAACAAGGGAAGAAUUGCUUGUUGGAAUGGAUUGCAAAGCUCUAUGAAAGACAAAAACAACAUUUACUCCAGAAAUGGCCACAAUUACAUGAUCAGUAACUGUGCCACAAGAAUUGAGACGUACUUGAUGCAAGCCGUCGAUAAGAAGAUGCCUGUUGCUGAUGACAAGUUUACAAAAGACCUUCCUCUGGAUCACGAAACCAUCGAUUUCGGGUUUAAUGACGAAAAGAUGAUCAAUUUCAAAACCAAUUUGUUGACUCAUGGUGUUGCUGGGUUCAUGCAUUUUGGUUUUAAAUAUGCGACCGAAAAAUCCAGAAUUCCAAAUGAAAAGAAAAGAAUGUUUCUUCAAGUUACUCUCGAAAUAAGAAGAAAAAAGUAA